AUGGAGUGUUUUCAAUCUUCGUGUCCAAAUCUGAGCGCAGGAGCGGUGAAUCAGUAUUUGUCGCUGCUCUUCAACUAUCUCAGCAUCGCUCAAUGUUCGCUCGCGACUCCGGAAAUUUGGCCCAGAGAUUUCGGAGACUUCGCCAUUAGAAAAGGGUUCGAGGAGUACGAUUUCAUCGUCGUGGGCGCAGGAUCUGCAGGAUCGGUCGUUGCCAAUCGUCUGAGUGAGAAUCCGGACUGGAACGUUCUGCUCUUGGAAGCUGGCGGCGAUCCGCCGAUUGAAUCAAUCAUACCGGCAUUGUUUUCUUCAAUGUUGGACACAAAAUAUGACUGGAACCUUCCAAUAGAACAAUCGGACAAUUAUAGCCAAUAUAUUGUUAAUGGAGGAACUUUGGCGAGAGGAAAAAUGUUAGGUGGUUCAAGUGCAAUGAACAGUAUGGCGUACAUAAGAGGAAAUGAGCAGAAUUUUAACACUUGGGAAGCGAUCGGGAACCCAACUUGGGGUUGGGAAGACGUCUUAGAAUACUUCAAGAAAUCAGAAAACAACCAAGACUUCAAUGGAUUCUAUCACUCACAAGACGGUCCAUUAUCUGUGGAGCUUUUCACAAAUAAUGACACCAUGAAUAGUAUUAUCACUGAAGCAGCGCAAGAAAUGGGCUUCAAAAUCAUUCCGGAUAUCAAUGCCGAUGAGCACGUUGGAUUCACCGAUUGCCAAGGAACUGUGCGAUCGGGAGUGAGAGACAGCACGGCAACGGCGUUUCUGAACCCAAUCAAAGACAGACCGAAUCUUCACGUUGUGAAACACGCGCACGUUUACAAUCUGGAGAUCGACGAAAACGGCGCAGUUUCCGGAGUUACAAUGAACUUGAGAGGACAGAAGAUCCUGAAAGCCUUCGCGAAGAAGGAAGUGAUUCUAAGUGCUGGAAGUAUAGGUUCGCCUCAAAUCCUAAUGUUGUCCGGAAUCGGACCUUCGCUUCAUCUGCAAAACUUGGGAAUUCCAGUGAUUCUCGACCUUCCAGUCGGCAAGAACCUGCAAGAUCACACAAUGGUUAUGCUUGCUUUCAAGAUUCAUAAGUCUACGGCUGUUCCUGUUCCUGAAACUGAAGCACUUCUGAAUUUUUUCCAAUACUUGAUGCAACAUACUGGAUCUUUGGCUUCAAUUGGAAUUUUGCAAUUAAUGGGCUUUGUUAAUGUUCAUGACCCACUCGGGAAAAAUGAAGUUGAACUUAUCGCUAUUCCGAUUCCCGAAUGCGAUGCUUGGGGCUUCAAUUCUGACGAAUAUUGGGCUUGUUAUUGCAAGUACAUAGUUAUUAGUGGUUCACAUCCAGUCGGCACUGUGAAAAUGGGUCCUGAUUCAGAUCCUGGCGCGGUUGUCGAUUACAGAUUGCGAAUCAAAGGCGCCAAAGGCUUGAGAGUCAUCGACGCGAGCAUUAUGCCUUUAAUCACGAGCGGAAACACAAACGCGCCCACAAUUAUGAUCGCGGAGAAAGCUUCAGAUUUCGUGAAGGAAGACUGGAACAUAACGGAUUGA